GUAUCAUUUAAAGCAGUCUGGUAAACACAUCGCUACUGCUGCAGAAAACAGAGCGAAUUGUCACUCAUUAUAAAGCAGAGGUUCAUGGCAGACUUGGAAAAGCUGCUCCUGGAGGCAGCAGGAAGAACCAGUGCGACUGGGAGGAAUCGGCGUUCGCCUCCCCCAUCGAGAAGGCGACACGAAGGUUCAUAUUCUGAUGAUGGAAGCGACUCUAAGGAUGAUGAAUCAGAUGAUGAUCGUGGUUAUGCAAGCAGGAGGCCAUCAGGGUCUCAAGUUCCUUUGAAAAAGAGGUUAGACCCCACAGAAAGAGAUGAUGAUCAUAGUAGCCGGGAAGAAGGUGAUGAUGAGGAUGGUUACAAUCACGAGGGUGACAGUGAUGAUGAUUCUGUCGGUAGUGAUCUUUACAAGGAUGAAGAUGACAAGCAAAAGCUUGCACAGAUGUCGGAACUUGACAGAGAAAUGAUACUGGCUGAUCGUGCGAUGAAGAAAACUGACAGAGAGUUGCAGCAAAAAAUGAGAAGGCAGAAUGAGAAGAUGGUUCAAUCAAAAAAGGAGAGCCCACCUCGCACAGUUUCUCGUGGAGUGCGCUCCUCAGCCAGAUCUGCUGACAGGGCUGCUGCCAAGGAUGAUGCACUGAAUGAGUUACGAGCGAAACGACUGAGGCAGCAGGAUCCUGAGGCUCGCUGGAAACAGAGAGAUGCAACUAGGGGAAGUUCUGGUGGCCGGAGUUUUUCCCCAGUAAAGCGGAGAGCCUUUACAGCCGCAACUGCAAGUAGUUCCAGUAGGAGUGAAAGUGGAUCCCACAGUGAUGAUGAAGAAUCAACAGGGGAUGGUGGAAUGGCUGAUAGCGAUGAAGAAAAGACAUCACCUGAUUCUCAUGUUCCGACAUUUGAUGAUAUAAAGGAAAUCACCAUUCGGAGAUCAAAAUUGGCUAAAUGGUAUUUGGAACCUUUCUUUGAUGAAUUGAUUGUGGGCUGCUUUGUGAGGGUUGGAAUUGGGAAGUCUAAGACUGGGCCGAUCUACAGGCUCUGCAUGGUUCGGAAUGUUGAUGCCACUGACCCCGAUCGACUGUACAAGCUAGAGAACAAGUACACACACAAGUACUUGAAUGUUGUUUGGGGCAAUGAAAGCUCUGCUGCCAGGUGGCAGAUGGCUAUGAUUUCUGAUUCUCCACCUCUCAAGACGGAGUUUGACCAGUGGGUUAGGGAGGUGGAGCGUAACGGUGGCCGGAUACCAAGCAAACAGGAUGUCCUGGAAAAGAGAGAGGCGAUUCAAAAAACCAACUUAUUUGUCUACUCGGCAGCAACUGUGAAGCAGAUGUUGCAGGAGAAAAAAACUGCUACUCGGAGGCCAUUAAAUGUUGCAGCUGAAAAGGAUCGACUAAGAAGGGAGAUGGAAGUGGCUCAAAUGAAGCACGAUGAGGCAGAGGUGGACAAGAUCAAGGCAAGACUGCAGGAACUGGACGCAUCACGGCAAACCCAGGAGAAAGAUGCAAAGGCUAUUAGGCUAGCUGAGAUGAACCGAAAGAACCGGGUUGAGAAUUUCAAAAAUGCAUCAGAAUUGAAACCAGUUAACACGAGUUUGAAAGCUGGUGAGGCUGGAUAUGAUCCCUUCUCUAGGAGAUGGACUAAGUCGAGGAAUUACUAUGUUUCAAAGGCCAAUGGAGGAGAGGAGGAUGCUCCAUCAGCUAAUGGUGAUGCUACUGCUACAUUGGCGGGCACCAACAGUAAUGGAGCUGGAACCGGGGUAAUGACAGAGGCUGGCAUGGAAGCUACUGCAGUGGCCUUGGAAGCUGCAGCUGGUGCAGGAAAAUUGGUGGAUACAAGUGCUCCCGUGGAUCAAGGAACGGAGUCAAACAUGUUGCAUGAUUUUGAGCUGCCAAUCUCAUUGGCUGCACUUCAGAAGUUUGGUGGUCCCCAAGGAGCCCAGGCAGGAUUCAUGGCAAGGAAGCAGAGGAUUGAAGCAACAGUUGGAUGCCAGGUUCCAGAGAAUGAUGGGAGGAGACAUGCACUGACCCUGACAGUAGGAGACUACAAAAGGCGGAGAGGGCUGCUCUGAAAUGCCAUUACUCAAGCAGUGUGUUCUCUAGGCACCGUUACAAGGAGAGAGACGACGAGGUUCGAGUUCAAACUUUACACUCCAACAGCGGGGCCAACCGCUAACCUCCAGCCACUACUGUUGGACAAUUGAAGAAAGGAGUACUAAAGUUCUCUUGUAAUGACAAUGUAGGGGAGGUGUGACUCAAAUAAUGCUUGGAUGUUUCACUUACUUGGGUACAAAAACUUAUGGGAAACCAGAGGAGUUUAUUGCAGUGUCUAUUUAACAAUGAUCCGCUAUCUGUGAAUAGCCUUGGAUAGGGCUCGGAUAAGAACUCCUUCAAGUUUGUUUAUAUAAAUGACGAUCUCAAUUUUUAAACACAUUCGAUAAGUGAGCUGAGUUCAAGCAGUGGCUUGUUUGGCUUGUCAUCACACACAUAUAUAUAGUGC